GCUCGGAGAGGCGGCUCUGAAGACCCGCGAGCAGCAUGGAGGUCCGCGGCGAGUCCCAGUCCGGCCCGAGCUGUUCGUCGUCCGCCCGGGAUGGCUCCGGGGUCUCGGUCUCCAAGGAGUUGCUGAUGGCGGGGAGCGGCGGCCGCGGAGGUAUACGGGACAGGUUGCUCAUCAACCCCAAGCCUAAUUCCAGAAGGAAUUCUACUCUUCAAACAGUUCGGAUAGAGAGGAGUCCCUUGCUGGACCAAGUACGGACCUUUCUCCCACAGAUGGCUCAGGCAAACGAAAAGCUAAGAGAAGAAAUGGCAGCUGCAGAACCUGGUCAUUUCAAUAUUGAAAAUACUGAUGAGACUCUUGGACAAGUUAUUCAAAUGGACGUGGCCUUGUUUGAGAUGAAUCAGUCUCAUUCAAAAGAAGAGGACAGUUCGGAAGAGAAUUCACAAGACAGUUCAGAGGAAAGUUCAGAAUCUGAGGAUGAAGGUGACAGCAUCUCUUCUGAAGGUGAAGUCACCAUAGAUAAUAUUAAGCUUCCUCAUUCAGAGGACGGAAAAGGCAAGAUAGAGGUUCUGGACGGUUCUGCUAGUGAAAACAAAGAAAAACAGGAAAAUAAGUGAUCUGAGAAACAGGUGAUAGAUGCCUGCUAAUUCUAUGGAAAAGAGUGCGACUCACUACUUGUUUUGCAUUUCAGAUACUAUGGUGCUUUUUUGCAAUAUUGAAUGUACUUUGUUUCUUGAAGAAACAGAAGCUGGCUUUUAAAGAGCUAGAAGAGAUAGCAUUUGGGGAUCCUCUUAGAGCACACUGUAUUUGAUUUCAUGCUAAAGAGAUUGUGUUUAGAAAGCUUAAUUUUAUGUAUAGUAAUGAGUGAGUUUGUUGGCAUUCUUCUUCAUAGCAUAGACUUCAGAAAUCUCAAACUUAUUUCAAGGUAAAAAUACAUAUCACCUGUUUGUUUUUACUUUAAAUUGUCCACUUGGAUAAAACAACCUAGGUUGGUUUUUAUUUUUUAAGUUAUUAUAAAGUCAUUUAUUUAUUACCAUCAAAAUGGGGUCAAUGAGGGAGAAAUCUUUUAAAGAAGUUUUUUACAAAGAAAAUAAUUACUUACAUUUAGCCACCCUCAGACAUGUCUUCUUUCAUUUAAAAAAAAAAAAAUUCCUUUCCAGUUUGAGCUGGAAAACUGGUGUUCUGUGGUUUAAUCACUGUCGAUGACUCUGCAGCCUCUUAUUACAUACUAGUAUGUAGAAUUUUUAUAUUUCUCCCUUGCCAUGGCUGUCUCAUACAAUACAACUACGUGUUCAGUACAGUUAAAGAAGUCAUCUAAGUUCAGUUCUCUGAAUUGUAUGUAGAAUUUACUUUUUUAGUUUUGCUUUUUUUUUAGUUUUGUUUUUUCUUUUUCUCAUAAAGCAGUGUUUUUGUUUGUUUCAACUAUUGAAAUUAUUCCUCACAGUUGCCCAGUUUUGAAAUCUGUUCAUUGUAGAGAAUAGGGACACCCCAGGAAAAAUAGGGCACAGUACAUAAAAAGAUAGUACUUGGUUUUCCCUUUCAAAAGGCAAAAUGAUCCUACUUUGGAGUCUCCUUUCUGCCUUAUUCUUGACCUUAUUAAACUUGUGUGGGAUCUUAUUUGCCAUGGAACUGGCUUUGCUCAGGAUGUAAACUAGAGAAUUUAAAGGAAUGUCUCCAAGUGCAUUGAGCUGAUGGAACUUUGUUCCCUAAUGUUUUAGGGUUUUUUUUUUAAACUGUUUUUUUUCUUACUCCUCACCUUAUCCUUGUGAAUACUCUAAAGAUAAUUCUCAAGGUUCUUUCUGGUAUUUCCCAUUGGAAAUUGGAACCCGGACUGUGCCUUAAAAGUGUGCAGAGUGAACAGAUCUGGAAACCAGAUUUCUCAGCUAGAAAAGAUACUAUGUUGUAUCUUGUAGCACCAAACACAGCUAUGAUGAAUUAUUGGUGUAAAUAUUUAUUUAAAUAAAUUAACAAAUAUUUAAAUAAUGUCUUCUGCCAGCUAACAUUUAUGCCACAUUGUGGGAAGAAUUGCAUUUGUCUGGUUCACUCCUUACCAUGGUGCAUGGUACACAGUAGGCGCUGAAUGAUGUAGAUAAAUAAUCAACAGGUAUAUGGGGAUGUACAGGACGUUUAAAGCCAUGGUAUCCAUGGGGAUAUGAAGGUGUACAUUCACCAGAAAUGCAUACCUAAGUAGAAAUAGACAGGUUAGUGAAAGAGACUAGUCAGUGUAGAAUUAUUACUAGUAUGUAGGAUUUUAGUAUUUCUCCCCUUCCAUGGCUAUCUCAUAUAAUACAACUAAGUGUUCUCUACAGUUGAAGAAGUCACCUAAAUUCAGUUCUCUGGACAGUCUUAUGACAUUGGAGGAAAAAAAAAAUCUAUUAUGUGAUAAGGUUGUCCUUUUAAGUAAGUGUAAAUUGGAUCCAUUAUUUAAUACACAGUGUCAGGGAUGGCUGUUUUUAAACAAAGUUAGAAUCUAGGCUCAUACCAUGUACUAAAGUCAAGGGACAAAUUGGGGAAAAUAUUUGCAAUAAAAGGCAAAGAAUGAGUGUUAUUAAUAUAAAAUGGGCUCUUAAAAAAUAGUAAAAAAUAAAAAGACUAAUAAUCUCAAUAGACGUGAGCAGAUAAUUCACAGGGAAAAAAUGUUCAGUCCCAUUUCUCAAAGAAAUGCAAAUAAACUAAGGUCGUAUUUUUUUACCUGUUGAAGUGGCAGAUGAAACACCAGCUAGUACUUAACUAGUACUUAAUCUUUUUGUGUGCCUGCCACUAUUCUGAGUGUUUUAUGAAUUACCAGCACUCUCACACAUAAAAAAAAUUUAUCGAGUUACACAUUUAACAUCUGUGCACUUUGUGUAUGUUAUACCUUAGUGAAAAAGCUGUUUUGUGUGUAAGCAGCUUGCUCUACAGUCUCUUGGAAGCUGAGUUGCUGUCAUGCCUUGGUUGGUCUGACCCUGUGCAUCCUCGGCCUGAUUCUUAGGUGUAAGGUGACGGCUGCCGUUUGAACAGUCUUGUUCCUGCUAAGGCUGCUGAAAUGUUCUCUUUAACCUUGUGUGUUAUCUUUUUGUGGCUCUUUGACAGUCAUAAACUGGGUAAUUGGAUGUAAUGGUCUUGGAAGCAAAAAUAUUCUUAUUGAAUCUCCUCUAUCCUUAUAAUACUUUGUGCAUCAGAUGUGGUACUUAUAAAAAAAUAAAACUGCCUUGCCAACUAGCUUGUA